AACUAAAUUGUUGUUCUUUUUUUAUUUUUCAUUCAUGUCAAUUCCAUCCUGUCAACAAACAGCGUUGAUAAGCCUUGCAUUUGCAGCUGCGAUAGGUAUCACAUUUUUGGUGUUAGGAUGUGCCCUCCCACAGUUCAACAAUUGGUGGCCCCUGUUUGUGCUGUUUUUCUACAUCCUGGCCCCUCUGCCGAUGACCCUGUCCAAGCGAUGUAUGAACUCAUUUGACUCGUCCAGUAGUGCCUGUUUAGAAAUGGCUAUCUUUGUUACUACAGGGAUAGUUGUGUCAUCGAUGGGGUUACCAUUGGUAUUGGCACAUGUCAGUGUGAUCCAGUGGGGAGCAUGUGCGUUGGUGCUGUCAGCUAACAUUGUAGUGUUUUUGACAAUUCUUGGCUACUUCUAUGUUUUCGACAGUGAUGACCUUGACUAUUCAAUGUGGUAAAUGCCUGGAUGCAUGUAGAAAACCUCCGCAGAUUUGUUAGACAGUCAACAAUCAGCUUUUUGCUGGACAUGUUAAGUUUUUCCAAGCCAUUAUCUCUACAGUCCAUGAUGGAUGUCUGUAGUUCUGAAGAUUGUAUGGUCUCCUGUGGUCAGUUGGAGUUGCCAGAAUAAAUACAAUCAAAUGAGAAUCUCCCUGACAUCAGCAAUAUUAAUAUAUUUCUUUUAGUUAAAUAUAACAUGCAGGAGGGUUUUAGAACUUACAAUUUCUCGAGGAACCUUCAUGAUAUUCUUGAUACAGUAAUGCUAUGAAGCCAACCUAUUUUAUCAUAAGAGGAUAUACAAUACCUCUACAGUUAUAAAACUUUAAAAAAACACUUUAAAAUAAACUGAUUAUUAUUUCUGUAUUACAGUAUCAUAAUUUUUGUUUAUCUUACCAUAGUUUGUUAAUAAUCAACUUGAUUAAAAUUCAUUUAAUGUAUAGUACAUAUAUUUCCUCUAUAGUAUAUAUAUUU